AUGGACCCGCACGACUCGGGGCGCAUCCUGGAUCGCGCUCCGCCACUGAGCUUCUUCGAGAGAGCCUACGAGGCUUUCGAAGGUGCCCCGUGGGAUGUGGGAAUUCCCCAGCCAGCCCUGGCUGUUGCACUGGCUGAUGGCGAAGUGUUGGGUCCUCGGAUUCUCGACAUUGGCUGUGGAACUGGAGAGAAUGCAGUCUUCCUUGCCGAAAACGGUUUCGACGUCACAGCCUUCGACAUUGUCCCGGCUGCUGUGACUCUUGCACGUCAGCGAUUGCAUGUAGCUGGGAAGAUGUCAGGGUCGAUGCGUGUCUACCAAGUCGAUGUGUUUGCAAUGAGCGAAGUACCUGAAAUUACGGACCUCCUAUACGACACCGUCCUUGAUUUUGCUGUUUUCCAUGGAAUUGGUGACGACGAGGCGCAGCGCGACGCGCUCCGUGCCACCGCCGCGUGUGUCAGAGAGGGCGGCCGUUUGCUUCUCCAUGCCUUCUCCGAUGGAAAUGCAGGAUAUGGAUGGACAGGUCCUCGCCGCACGACGGAAGACCACUUGCGCAAGCAACUGGCGGAAACGGGUUGGAUUGUCCGUUCCAUUACGGCGAGGCCCUACACGUACUACGACUGCACGAGACGCUGCUGUGAUGAGAUGGACGCGCUUUUCGUAGUAGCUGAAAAUCCUGGACACCCGCGCGAGCCUGGGGGCAGCGGAGAAAAAGAUUGUAUGACACCGCAGAGCCCCGAGGUAUGUGUGUCGGUUCGAGCACUGUGCCUUUACUUGGCUUUUGCCAGUGCGGCUUCGUCUGUUGUGGUUCUUUUCUGGGAAGUUGUAGAGGUGUUUCGAACCGACAGGGAGAAGGAUUUCUUUCUGCCCACACGGGGUUGCUGUGGUUUGACCGUCGCCCUGGCGCUUGGCCUGCGGCAUGCCUACCCUUUGGAGGUCUUGCCCUUCGUGCCCAAGCCCUGGGGUUUGCAAUGCCAGCACCUGCCCUUCGGCCUCGUCUCGGCCUGCGUGGUUUUGGGGCUUCUGGGGCCUGCGUGGCUGCUCCCUGAGUGGCCCUUCGCACCUUUGGCCUUCUUCUUCGCGUGGUUUCACUUGCGCUACCUGCACUGGUUCCCCCAUGCCAAAGCGCAUGGGGACCAUUCGCCAGACUUUGUUUUCGCGAAUCUGUUUCCUCAAGCUUUGCGUCCGGUGGUCAGUGCAGUUGGAGCCCUGUCCCACAACUUGGCCUCCACAGCAGCCCCUGGCCUUCUGCGAAUACGGCAGCCGGAGGAGGAUGCAGAGAAGGGCGAGGCCAUCGUCUACGAUCCCAGUCGUGUACAGGACGGUGGAGCCGUGCUCUGGAACUCAGCUCCGGGCAUGAGUUUGAAGCCAAGCUGGAGAUGCAAAGCAUCGGUUGACUUCUUCCGAUGUUCUCCGAUGUUUUGCGAGGUCUCAGCGCCGCCACCGCUUCGACCCCCUGGCCUGCACCGCCUCCGUGGCCUGUGUCACUCGGCAAAAGCUGGGACUCUGCCUGAAGAGUGA